AUGGACACCGCGUGGAAAGGCAUCAAGCUGACUGCCAAGGCUGAGGCUGAGGCUGGCAUUUCUACGUUUUCACUCAUCCAGCUUGUUCUGCAUCCCCUCGCUGCACGGCAUCCCAAACGGACGCCCAGACCUGCAGCACUCCAGAGGAAAGCCCUCCAGAAACGAUGCCCGAGCGAGCUGCCCCGAUCAGGCACGCGGGGGAGUCGCAGGGGAAGGCCAGGAGGCGCCCUCCCCCGAAAGAUGGAGGAAGGGGGAAGGAAGGUGGUGGAGGCAGGGAGUAAGAGGAGGUCGAGCGAGCAGCUGGGAGGCCGAGCUCCUCGACGCGACCUCGCUUCUUUGAACAGCAGCGGCGGCAUGUGCUCUUCUUGGGUCCGCUUGGGCAACCUAACAAGGAUGGGGCGACGAAGCGGCAGCGUCGCUCAACAAGAGUCCGACGACGACCGGACUGAGGAAUUGGGAAGAUGCCCUCUCAUCAAAGUGCUUGGCACCUCACACACGCGGGGCACGUGA